AUGAGAUGGAAGUCCUACUUCGUACGGCCAUCAACAUACCACAAGCUACAAGCUCUAGGUAGUCUAAUUCAAGAUCUGGAUCUAGACUAUUUUAGUCACGCAUCUGUAGGCCAGGAAGGUAUUGUUAUUGUUGAACCGAAAAAGCAAGAGGAUUUUCUUAAAAAUCUCGAUGAUUUGAACAUUGAGUAUGGAAUACACGCUAGUAAUGUUAUGAGUCAACUUCAAGAAGAUGACCAAAAAAUGAGAACAAGUAAUGUGACCUCACGGAUUAACAGCCUUGUACCUUAUCAUAGAUACCUCGCCACAUUUGAAAUCGAGUGGUACAUGGACGAAAUAGCUCGCAGAUAUCCAAACAUAGCGAAACUAGAAAUACCCUCAAAUUCGUUCCGUGGUCGACAAAUCAGGAUGCUUAAGAUUUCCACCACAAAUUUUGAAGAUAGAAGGAAACCCAUUAUUUUCAUAGAUGGUGGUACUCAUGGUAGAGAGUGGUUGUCUAUACCACCUGUGACGUAUGCUAUUCAUAAAUUGGUUGAAGACAUCACUGAGCCUGAUCUUUUGGACAAAUUCGACUGGAUUCUGAUGCCUAUGGUCAAUCCUGAUGGCUUUCAUCAUACUUAUACUGUGAACCCAGCCUGGCACAAAAACCGUUCCAACGAUAACCAUCCGCUUAGUCCCGUCUGCAUCGGAGUCGACAUCGACAGAAACUUCGAUUUCUUCUGGGACACGGUCGGCACCAGCACAGAGCCUUGCUCCUUCGUGUACCCUGGAAACAGAACCUUCUCUGAAGUAGAAGCCAGAAUGCUUCGAGACGUCUUCCACCAGCACCUCGACAGACUGAAGAUGUACAUCUCUAUUCACUCUUUUGGUUCCUUGAUUGUUUAUCCUUGGGGUCACGAUGGUACAUUAUCCAAUCAAGCGCUUGGCCUGCAUACAGUUGGAGUUGCCAUGGCAGAUGCUAUGAACAAUUAUGCACCUGGUAUAUUCCCCUUGGGGUAUAGAGUUGGGAAUGAAGCUCUGACUCGUGGUUUUAGAGCUUCAGGGAUGGCGACAGACUAUGCGCAUAAGAUCGGUGUUCCUCUGACUUUUAAGAUUGAACUGCACGGUUUCUUUGGAGGCUUUUUCAUGGAUCCUGCCUAUAUUGAGCCGACUGUGAAAGAGACUUGGGCCGGCAUUGUUGCUGGUGCUAGACGAGCUGCUACGCUUUAA